AUGGAUGAUACACGUUUAGAAUGGAUGAAGCAUAUUAUCUAUAAAGCAUUGAAUCUCAUCGAUGAUAAUAUAUUCUUAGAAUUUCUUGAUCAAAAUGAUAAUGAAAAUGAAUUGGAAUUAGCCAAAUUUUUAAAUGAUUCAUCGAAAACAGAUGAUCAGCUGGUUAUAUUUUAUAAAACAUACCAUGAAGAAGAGAUUGAAGAGGUAGUGCAAGUACCAAAACGAAAAGCUUCAAAUGGUGCAACAGAUGAAAACAAUGCAGAUGAACAUCCAACAGUUAUCAACGGGCCAGAGAGUCAAGAAGAACCCAGUAUGAAUGAGAUUCACACUGACACCAAUGAUGAAGAGGCUAACAAAAUGAAUGGGACAGCAGGCGAUGAUACACUCCCGGAGACUGAUGAUAUUUCAUCAGAAUAUACAACUAUUAUUAAUCGAAAAACAAUAUGGCGGACACGUUUGAACAUGAAGACUACAAGUGUAGACAUACACAGUUUAACCGAGGAAUAUGUCUACUUCAUUCGGAUAACAAAAGGCUAUAUUAAUGCACCAGGUGACUUAAAGCAAACAUUCAAUUUUAUGCCAAGUCAUAUUCAAUGGGGUUAUAUGAGAGGAAGUUUUCUUCAGUCCUUACUGGAUGUACUCAAGUAUAUUUAUGCGCCAUUACUCAAGGAACAACAGCCAAUGUUGCAUGAUAGUCAUCAACGUCAGAGUAAGAUGAUCAACUCUGAACCAACUAAUAAAUCGAUGAAUAAACAUGAAGGUGAACAAUCACGACUGGAUAAAGAUAAAAAAUCCGAUGGUGAUGAUGAAGUUCAGGCAACACUAGAAACAAGAGAUGAAUUUUUAAUAAAUACACGAAAAUUUUGUCGUAUAGUUGAAACAACUAUUCAUCAAUUGGAUACUGAUAUUGUUCUAGAAUUACCAGAUUUAGAUGUCAGCGGUGAUAACGAUGAUGAAAUUGUUAAAAGUUCUAAAUUUCUUACCAUUGAAAAAACUAUUAUAUCUUGGAAUAGACAAAUUCGUCAAACUUUAGAUGAUGUCUUGGCGAAAACACCAAAUGGUACAGGUCCAUUGAUUUUAAUAGAUUACUGGCGUGAUCGAAAUUUAAUCCUUGGUACACUAAUUGAACAGUUGAAACGUACACCAGUCAUCGAUUUUAUCAACUACAUCAAUUGCGAGAAAAUGAUACAUACAAAGCUUUGUACAGUGAAAUUAACAGUUUGUAUAUCCAAUCUAGAGAUAAUGUCAAAAAGACACUUUAAAACACUGACAUUUGGUAAUCGAUUCGAAUUAAUCAUAGAUACUAUUCAUCCUUUGAUACAAACAUUUCAUAUGAUAUGGGUUUUAUCAAGAUAUUAUAAUCAUGAUGAGAAGAUGGUACAGCUAUUUGAAAGAACAGCACAAACAAUUGUCAGUCGAGUUAUUCGAGCUAUUGACUUACCAAAUAUAUUUCAAUAUGAUUUAAAACAAUCGAUCCCGUUGAUUAAAACAGCUAUUAAUCUGUUGAAUCAUUGGAAAUCAGUAUAUUAUGAAAAACGCGCUGAAAUUGAAACUGUUGGACGUGAUGCUCGUUGGGAGUUUGAUAAAAACAAAUUAUUCGGAGCUACAGAUUAUACAUGCUUAAUAUGUGAAAAUUUGUUAGAUAUAUUCACGACCAUAGAAGAUUUUAAGAAUAUUUUCAGUUCAGAAUUAAAAUCAGUUACAUGUGAUCCAAAGAAGAUUGAUGAGGCUAGUAAACGUGUAAAAUAUAUCAUUGAAAAUUUUCAUAAGAUAAAAAAUGAUCCAUUCAAUAAAGAAAACAAGACAUGGUGGAAUGAAGAAUUGCAAAAAUUUCAUGAAACUGUUGAACACCUUGAACAUGAAGCUAAUUCCCUUAUCAAUGAUUCAUUUACACUAUUACGGUCAAGUGAAUCAGUAUUUGAUGUUUGGUGUAAAUUUCGUCAUAUAAAAACACGACCAAAAAUACAAAAUUUACUAAAUAGUAAAUUUAUUGAUAUUUUAAAACAAUAUGAAAAAGAAUUAUUAAAUGUUAGUAGAAUAUUUCAUGAAGGUUCAAUUUUACCGCCAUUUCAUGAAGGUCAACAACACGAGAUGAUGAUACGUAUCCUAUCAAAAUACACUCCACCAAUAGCUGGUUUAAUUCAGUGGGAAAGAUAUUUGUUAAGUUGUGCUAAAAAGCCAAUAUUAAAAUUUUUAAAAGUGGAAGAAUUAAUGCAAAAUGAUGAAGGCAAAUCUAUACGUAAUCAGUAUAUUAUAAUUGGUAAACAGAUGAGAAAUUAUGAAGAACAAUUAUACAGAUAUUGGAUUAAUCAUAUAGAACAAACAUUUGAUCAGUAUUUAAGUCAGACUAUAUUAAAACAACAAGAUUUGGCGAAACCUUCAAUUCUGCCCAAAUUACCAUCAUUACAUGCAAGUUGUUUAAGUGUUACCUCGUCAAGAAGUGAACAGAAUUCAAGUGAAUCUAGUAAACUUGCUACUGAGUUUGCUAAAUAUGAAUUAUUAGUUAACUUUCAUCCAGACAUUUUGGUUGGAAUUACAGAAGCAAAACAUUUGGAAGCUCUAGGUUUCAAAAUACCAGAACUUGUUACUAAUGCGGCAUUGAAGGAGUUCAGUUAUCUACGUUACGUGGAGAAAUUAAAAUUCUUAGUUAAACAAUGUCAUGAAUUAUUUUCACACCUUGAACCAGUUGAAUUGACCAUACUAGAACCAUAUAUCAUCAAUCUGAGAACAAUUAUGAAACCUGGUUGGGAUAUAUUAAACUGGAAAAGUCUUGGUAUUUCAGAGUAUAUAACUAAAGUUGAGGAAGAAUUAAAUCGUUUUAUAUCAUUGUAUAAUUUAUGCAAGAAGACAGCGACAGACAUUGAAAUGCGUUUGGAGGCUAUUGGAUCGGCGGAUUUAUUUCCUACACCAAAAUGGGCAGAUGAAUAUCAGAAGUCAGCGAUGCGAGGAUAUUUCACAUGCAAAGACUAUUUUGCUCUGACAGUUAAUGAAAGACAAAAACACUUUGCAGAACUACGUCUACAGCAUACAUCUUUUACACCAUUGAUUAUGAAACUUGAAGGUGCAAUAACACAACAAAAUGCAGGGAACAGUAAAGUAAUGGUUCCUUAUUUUGAAUACUGGGAAAAAAAGCUAUUCGACAGAAUUUAUGCGAUGGUGAUCAGAAAUCUUCAAACAUAUUUAAAUCGUAUUUCUCGUCCAAAAGAACCAUUAUGUUGUCGGGAAUCCCAACCAGCUGAACUAUAUAGACUAGUUAUUCAGGAAUUACGUGAUGCAAUUGAAUCAACUCGGGUUUUUGUUAGAUGGUCACGUGGUUCAUGUGUCACUGCUCCAGGCGUUAAAAUUGAUAGCAGUGAAGAGCUGUACUACUUCACAUUCUAUGAAGAAAUUGCUAAGUCCAGUGAAAUAGCUGAUCUAGUUCAACAAAUUGCUAAAGCAUAUGCAAAUACAGUUGAAAAGAUGAAAAGAUUUCAAGAUAGUUGGCGGAAACAUAAAGGCAAAUUUUUAGGUCAAGUGGAAAAAUGGAUGGAGACUCCACGUACAGCGAUUGAAAUCCAUGAGAAAAUUCUAGAUAUGAAUACAAAACUGAAUGAUUUGUGUGAAACACCAGAAAAUAUUAAUAUUGGCUGUAUACAACUACGAUUGAAAGGCUUAAUUCAUAAUAUACGUGAACAUAACAGGAAAUGGACAAAAGCUUAUGGAAAACAGCUACAUGAUAUUGGCAAAGAAAUAGUGACCAGUUUAAAUGAAGAAUUUAAACGUCGAUUUGAAGAACUUGAAGAUGUACCAACAAAUUUGAUAGAAUUAAAAGAUACUCUACGUACAAUCUUUGAAGUACGCUCAUCAACUUUAGAAAUAGAAGAAAAAUUAGUCAUUUGUGAAGAGUGCUACCGUCUUCUCAAGUAUCAUAAUCUACCUGUACCAGAUAGUGAAGCAGAAUCAGUGAACAAUUUAAGACCUAAAUGGAUACAACUGUUGAAGUCUGCAAAUCAUAAAGAAGGCACAUUGAGUCGGGUGAAAGGCAAAUUUGCUAAAAUCACUUUAGAAGAUAUUGAAAACUUUAAUAAGUUAGUUGUCGAUUUUGAAACACGUUUUAAAGAAUUUGGACCGGCGACAAUGUUAAAUGAUUUAGAUGCAGCAGUAGCAGUUGCUAAGGAAUAUCAUGUACAGUUGAAUGAAAUAGAAGCUAACAGAAAAGAACUGGCAUCAGCAGAAAAACUUUUCAAUCUUCCAUUAACACAAUAUCCACAAAUUAUAAAUAUUCAAAAAGAGUUAAGUGGAUUAGAUCAGUUAUUCAAUAUUUAUUUAAAACAAAAGCAAACCCGUGAUGAAUGGUCACAAAUACUUUGGAAAGACUUAAACAUAACAAUUUUACAAAAUGGUAUUGAAAAGUACUUGAAAGAAUUACGUAAUUUACCGAAACCUGUAAGAACAUCACCAAUUGGACGUGUGGUAUUUGAACAGAUUCGUACUUUCCGUGAUUCACUCCCUCUAUUUACAGAUUUGAAAAAUGAAGCGCUUAGAGAAAGACAUUGGAAUGAAUUGAUGAGGAGAACAGGACAAACAUUCGAUAUGAAUCCAGAGACAUUUACAUUAGCUAAUAUUUUUGCUAUGGAGUUGCAUCGAUUUGCGGAUCAAAUCUCUGAAAUUGUUUCAUUUGCAAUCAAAGAAUUAAGUAUUGAAAAGGGUGUUAAAGAAGUCGAAGAAACAUGGCAAAAUCUUAACUUCAAUGUGAUUAGUUAUGUGAAAGCAGGUCAGAAUAGAGGAUAUGUUCUAGGAGCUUUGGAUGAUAUCGUUCAAAUACUUGAAGACAAUUCAAUGAAUUUACAAUCAAUGGCAUCCAGUAAAUUUAUUGGUCCAUUUUUGUCUACUGUACAAUUAUGGGAGAAAAAUUUAAGUGUAAUCAGUGAAAUAAUUGAAGUAUGGUUAGUUGUUCAACGUAAAUGGAUGUAUCUUGAAGGCAUAUUCGUCGGUGGGGAUAUACGCUCACAGUUACCAGAAGAGGCGACAAAAUUUGACAAUAUUGAUAAAAUCUUUAAAAAGAUUAUGGCUGAAGCAAAUAAAUCACCGAAUGUACAAGCAUGUUGUUUAGUCCCUGGAAGAUUGAAUGAACUAACUACACUUGGUGAAGGAUUAGAACGUUGUCAAAAAUCACUGAAUAAUUAUUUAGAUUCAAAAAGGAAUGCAUUUCCUAGAUUCUUUUUCAUUUCUGAUGAUGAACUGUUGAGUAUCUUGGGAUCAAGUGAUUGUGAAUGUGUUCAAGAGCAUAUGAUUAAGAUGUUUGAUAAUAUAGCCUCGUUGAAAUUCUCUAAACAAUCAACUAAACCUGGUUCGAAUUAUAUUGAAAUGACAGCGAUGAUUUCAAGUGAAGGUGAAAUUAUGGAAUUUCGUCAACCACAACCAGUUACUGGUAAUGUUGAACACUGGAUGACUACUAUGGAACAAGAAAUGAAAAGAAGUAAUAGACUGAUUACAAAAGAAGCUGUCUUCUAUUAUCGAUCAAGUAAAUCAAGAGUUGAAUGGAUGUUUGAUUAUCAAGGUAUGAUAGUGUUAGCAACAAAUCAAAUCUGGUGGACCUGGGAAAUAGAAAAUGUUUAUCAGAAAAUAUCAACUGGUAAUAAAAAUGCAAUGAAAGAUUAUUCACAAAUGUUACAACAACAAUUAAAUGAUAUUGUCGUACGUGUACGUAGUCCAUUGAGUAAAAAUGAUCGUAAUAAGCUGACAACAGUACUCAUAGUUGAUGUACAUGCAAGAGAUAUUGUCUCUGAUUUUGUCCGGGAUAAUAUUACAGAUGCAAGUGAAUUUCAAUGGGAAUCACAACUACGCUUCUAUUGGUCAAAGUCAACUGAUAAUUUAAUUAUUAAACAAUGUACUGGUCAGUUUGAUUAUGGUUAUGAAUAUAUGGGAUUGAAUGGUCGUCUUGUUAUUACACCGUUAACUGAUCGUAUCUAUUUAACACUGACUCAGGCACUUUCAAUGUAUCUUGGUGGAGCACCUGCAGGACCAGCUGGGACAGGGAAAACAGAGACUACAAAAGAUUUAGCCAAAGCAUUAGGCCUACUAUGUGUUGUUACAAAUUGUGGUGAAGGUAUGGAUUAUAAAGCUGUUGGUAAGAUAUUAUCUGGUCUGUGUCAAUGUGGUGCAUGGGGAUGUUUUGAUGAAUUCAACAGAAUCGACGCCUCUGUACUAUCCGUUAUUUCAACACAAUUAAAAAUGAUACAAACAGCUUUAAUAAAUCAUGUUAAAGAAUUCCUCUUUGAAGGGAUAAAUAUACGUUUAGAUUCAAGAGUUGGCGUCUUUAUCACUAUGAAUCCUGGUUACGCUGGGAGAACAGAACUACCAGAAUCUGUAAAGGCUCUGUUUAGACCAGUCGUAGUCAUUGUACCUGAUUUACAACAAAUCUGUGAAAUUAUGUUAUUUUCACAAGGAUUUUUAUCAGCUAAAGUGCUAGCUAAAAAAAUGACCACCUUAUAUCGUUUAGCACGUGAACAACUGUCAAAACAACAUCACUAUGAUUUUGGUUUAAGAGCGUUGAAAUCAGUUUUAGUCAUGGCUGGUGAUUUACGACGUGAUGCACCUGAUCUGCCUGAAGAUGUGGUACUGAUGCGUGCUUUACGUGAUAUGAAUUUACCAAAGUUUAUAUUUGAAGAUGCACCAUUAUUCUUAGCCUUAAUACAAGAUCUUUUCCCUGGAUUGAAUUGUCCACGUGUACGUUACCCAGAAUUGAAUGAUGCAGUUGAACUAUGCUUAAGUAAAAAGGGCUACACCGAAAAUCCUAUUCAAUCGGAUAAAGUUGUACAGUUAUAUGAAACAAUGAAAACACGUCAUACAACUAUGGUUGUUGGACCAACUGGCGGCGGUAAGACUGUAGUGAUUAAUGCCUUGUGUGAUGCUCAAACGUAUAUGGGAAUGCCUACAAAAUUAUAUGCAUUAAAUCCAAAAGAUCGAAGUGUUAUUGAAUUAUACGGUAUACUGGAUCCGAAUAGUCGUGAUUGGACAGAUGGUUUAUUAUCGAAUAUAUUUCGAGAAAUAAAUCGACCAACAGAAAAGCAGGAAAGAAGAUAUAUCCUAUUCGACGGUGAUGUUGACGCAUUAUGGGUUGAAAAUAUGAAUUCAGUUAUGGACGAUAAUCGACUGUUAACCCUAGCCAACGGUGAACGCAUUCGUCUACAGUCACAUUGUGCAUUAUUAUUUGAAGUUGGCGAUCUACAGUAUGCUUCACCGGCAACUGUUUCCCGCUGUGGUAUGGUAUAUAUCGAUCCAAAAUAUUUAGGUUAUGAACCUUACUGGAAGAAAUGGGUCAGUCAACGUAUGACACAAUAUGAGAAAACCACACUGAAUGAAUUAUACUCAAAGUAUAUACCAUCAAUUAUAGAUAGAAUUGUUGAAGGUAUUGCAGACGGUGAACAAGUGGAAAGACUUAGACGAGUCAUCCCAUUGACAGAUCUUAAUCUAUUAGUACAAUUCUGUGCCCUACUCGAUUGCCUACUUCACAAUAUCAAUGAAGAAACAGAAUACGCCUUUAUUGAAAGCGUAUUUCUCUUCUGUAUAUAUUUCUGUAUCGGUGGAACUCUGAUUGAAGAUGAACGCCAAAAAGUUGAUAAUUAUGUAAAAUAUUUAGCCAGCCUACCUGGUCCAGCUGUAGAAGAAACACCAAGUACACCAGCGACUGCUGGAACUAUACCAACUGCUGAACCGACGCUAUUCGACUAUUACUUUGAUGUUGAAAAGAAAGUUUGGAUAGCAUGGCGUCACCUAGUCCCUGCAUAUAUACAUAAUAAAUCACUUAAAUUCUCUGAAAUAUUAGUACCAACUGUAGAGACUGUUCGAAUCAACUGGCUUAUUGAAAAAUUAGUCAGAAUUCACAGACCAUUAUUAUUGGUUGGUGAGACUGGAACAUCGAAAACUGCAAUAUGCCAACGAUUUCUACGAGAUAUUGAUCCAGACAGUAAUCUUGUUUUAACAAUCAACUUUUCAUUUCGUACAACAUCGUUGGAUGUACAACGGAAUCUUGAAGCCAAUGUUGAAAAGCGUAGCAAAGAUACUUAUGGUCCAGUGUCUGGUAAACAAUUAAUUAUAUUUAUUGAUGAUAUGAAUAUGCCACAAAUUGAUCAAUAUGGAACACAACAACCAAUUGCACUAUUGAAAUUAUUGAUUGAACGUAAAGGUGUCUAUGAUCGUGGUAAAGAUUUGAACUGGAAACGUAUGCAAUCAAUUGAUUAUCUAGCGUCUAUGGGUCGUCCAGACGGUGGUAAACAAGAUGUAGAUCCAAGAUUUAUUUCUUUAUUCUCUGUAAUUAAUAUUCCAUCACCAUCUGAGAGUACAUUAUACAAGAUAUAUAGCUCUAUAUUAUCUGGACAUACAAGUGAAUUUGAUAGUGGGAUUAAAACCUCUGUGGAUUGUGUUACAAAUAUGACAUUGAAAUUGUUUCAAUAUGUCAGCGUUCAACUACCGCCAACACCCUCACGAUUUCAUUAUGUAUUCAAUAUGCGUGAUCAUAGCAGAAUCUUCAAUGGUUUGUGCUGUAUGACAGUAGACAGAUUUAGUCGUAAAGAACAGUUUAUACGUUUAUGGCUUCAUGAGGUUUAUCGUGUUAUUAUGGAUCGUUUAAUAAGUCAUUCUGACAAACAAAUAGUUGAGAAAUAUAUCGAUGGAUUAUUGGAAGAAAACUGUAAAGAUAUUAAAGAAUAUGUGAAUGCCAUGCCAAUACUCUUUGGUGACUAUCGUACUGCAAUGGAUGAAACAGAAAUUCGUCUAUAUGAAGAUAUGGCUGACUAUGAUAACUGUCGAACUAUAGCUGAGGAGAUAUUAGAAAAUUACAAUGAAAAUGUUGGCCAACUGCAAAUGAUUUUAUUUAACGAUGCAAUUGAACAUUUAACACGUAUUGAACGUGUCCUGAGAAUGGAGAAUGGACAUGCUCUUUUAGUUGGUGUCGGAGGAUCCGGCAAACAAAGUCUUACUCGACUAGCAACAUAUGCUGCUAAUAGUAACCUGUUUGAAAUUCAACUAUGUCGUGGUUAUGGUGAACGGGAAUUCCGUGAAGAAUUAAAAGCGUUGUAUCUACGUCUAGGAACUGAAAAUAAAUCAACAGUUUUUGUGUUCACUGAUCAACAUGUUGUUGAAGAAGGUUUCCUUGAGUUGAUAAACAAUAUGCUGACAACUGGUUCAGUGCCUGCUUUAUUCACCGACGAUGAAAGAGAGUCUAUAACAGGUCAGUUGAGAGAUGAAGCUGUGGCUGCUGGAUGUGCACCAACUCGCGAAUCUAUUUGGCAAUAUUUCAUACAAAAGUCUGCAUCAAAUUUGCAUAUAGUUUUAUGCAUGAGUCCUGUUGGUGAUACACUGAGAACACGUUGUCGUAAUUUCCCCGGUGUUGUUAACAAUACCACUAUUGACUGGUUCUUUCCAUGGCCUGAACAAGCGCUGUAUGCUGUUGUCAAUGUUCUUAUCCCAGAACAAUUUACUCUUGUACCUCAACAGCAUCGUAGUGCUGUAAUUGAUCACUUUGUCGCUACACAUCAAAGUGUACACAAGUAUACAGAAGAAUUUGCUCAAAUGCUUAGACGAGUGAAUCAUGUUACUCCAAAGCAUUAUUUAGAUUUUAUUAAUACAUACAAAAGAUUACUAUCAGAAAAAGACGCUGAUAAUGAAAAACAAAUUAAUCGUUUGAAGAGUGGUCUACAAAAAUUAGCUGAAGCUUCUAUCCAGUUGGAAGAGUUGAAUGCAAAACUAGCUGUACAACGUGUUGCUGUAACAGAAAAGACACAAGCUUGUGAAAAUUUGUUGCAAGAAAUUACAGCCAGUAGUCAGUUGGCUACAGAGAAGAAAGAAUUAGCUGUUACAAAAAGUAAAGAAAUUCAAGUACAAUCAGUUGAAAUUCAACAAGAAAAGACUGAAGCUGAAACAGCCCUAGCUGAAGCCUUACCAGUAUUGGAACAAGCACGUUUAGCUCUAGACGAUCUGGAUAAAUCAGAUGUAACUGAGAUUAGAUCAUUUGCUAAACCACCGAAAGCUGUACAAGUUGUCUCUGAGUGUAUAUGUGUUUUUAAAGGUUAUAAAGAGAUUAGCUGGAAAACAGCUAAAGGAAUGAUGUCUGAUACAAAUUUCUUACAAUCUUUACAAACAAUGGAUGUUGAUAAUAUUACUGCGAAACAAUCAUCAACUGUUAGAGAUUAUUUGGAUAAAUCAAAAGUUACAAUGGAUGAGAUGAAAAGUGUUAGUAAAGCUGGUACAGGUUUACUGAAGUUUGUUGUUGCUGUACUUGGCUACAAUGAGGUGGCACGUGAUAUUAAGCCUAAAAGAGAUAAAGUCGCUAAACUGGAGAAAAACUUUAUGCAGGCUAAGCGAGAUUUGAAUCGUAUUAACACAGAAUUAUCAAAUUUAGAAUCUGAAUUAAUCAGUCUUAAUCGUCGAUAUGAAGAGGCAAUGAGUGAACGACUUAAGCUACAAGAAGAAACAGAUAUUAUGGAGCGUCGAUUAAUUGCUGCUGACAAACUUAUCACUGGUUUAAGCUCAGAAGAAAUACGUUGGCUUAAAGACUUGGAAGUGUUAAAAGUGAAACGAGUUAAACUGUUAGGCGAUUGUUUAAUUAGUGCAGCAUUUUUAAGUUAUGUUGGAGCAUUUUCAUCAGAAUUUCGUACACGUAUGAUCUAUGAUGAUUGGAAGACAUGGUUGGACGAUAAAGGCAUCCCAUUAAGUGAACACUUUCGUCUGGAGGAUAUUUUAACCAAUGAUGUAGAAGUAUCAAAAUGGAAUUCAGAAGGUCUACCACCGGAUGAAUUGAGUGUACAAAAUGGUAUAUUAACUGUACAAUCGUCUCGAUUCCCUUUGUGUAUUGAUCCACAAGAACAAGCACUUAAUUGGAUAUGUCAUAAAGAAGAAGUGAAUAACUUGAAAAUUGCUACUUUCAAUGAUCCUGACUUUCUUAAACAACUUGAAUUAGCUAUACGCUAUGGAAUUCCAUUUCUGUUCAAAGAUGUCGAUGAAUAUAUUGAUCCAGUGAUUAGUAAUGUAUUGGAGAAGAAUAUUAAAGGUGAUCAAAAUCGAGCUUAUGUUGUUUUGGGAGACAAAGAAGUUGACUAUGAUCCUAAUUUCCGACUUUAUCUCAAUACAAAGUUAUCUAAUCCUCAGUAUGGUCCAGAUGUAUUUAGUAAAGCCACAGUUAUUAAUUAUACUGUAACAAUGAAGGGGUUAGAAGACCAAUUGUUAAGUGUUAUUGUGAAAUCAGAACGAUGUGAGUUAGAGGAACAAAGGGAAUCUUUAAUUAGAGAGACAAGUCAAAAUAAAAAACUUCUCAAAGAUUUAGAAGACAGUCUUCUACGUGAAUUGGCUACAAGUACAGGCAAUAUGCUGGAUAAUGUUGAAUUGGUCGAUACACUAGAAGAAACUAAAUUAAAAGCAAAAGAAGUUACUGAAAAGCUGGAAUUAGGCGCUAAAACUGCAAUCGAUAUUGAUAUCCUACGUGAUGGUUAUCGUCCAGCUGCUAAACGUGGCGCUAUACUAUUCUUUGUUUUAUCCGAUAUGUCAUCAGUGAAUUCAAUGUAUCAAUACUCGUUGACUGCAUAUCUUGACGUCUUUCAAAUUUCUUUACAUAAAAGUAUGCCUGAUGUUGUAUUACAGAAACGUCUUAAAAAUAUUAUUAAUAAGCUUACAUAUAAUGUAUAUACAUAUGGAUGUACAGGUAUAUUUGAAAAGCAUAAACUUUUAUUCAGUUUUCAAAUUACUAGUAAAUUAGAAUUGGAUAAAGGCAAUGUAAGCACAGGACAAAUGGAUUUCUUUAUUAAAGGGAAUAUAUCUAUAGAGAAAGCAAAACUUACUAAUCCACUGCCUGAUUGGUUACCUGAUUCUAGUUGGAAAGAUCUUUGUCAGUUGAUUGAACUAUUUCCAGAACAAUUUGCAUCAUUAUCUGAUGAUUUAGUGAAAAUGAAUAAAGAAUGGAAGAGUUGGUAUGAAUCUGAUACUCCUGAAAGUACAACAAUACCAGGAAGUUAUGAAGAAAAUUUGGAUAGAUUUCAACGUCUUUGUUUAUUACGUUGUUUUCGAGUGGAUAGAAUCUAUCGUGCUAUUACAUUAUAUAUAGCUGAUAUCAUGGGUGAAGAUUUUGUCAGUCCACCAAUAUUAAGUUUUACAACAAUUUAUGAACAAAGCACAUCAAGAUCACCCAUCGUUUUCAUUCUAAGUCCAGGUUCAGAUCCAACAGCUGAUUUAAUGAAAUUCGCUGAAAGACAAAAUUUUGAUUUCAGUCGAAUUAAAUUUCUCUCUAUGGGUCAAGGACAAGAGAAGAAUGCUGAAAGUCUCCUUGAAUUGUCAAUUUCUCGAGGGCAUUGGUUAAUGUUACAAAAUUGUCAUUUAUUAGUUAAAUGGUUACAAGUACUGGAAAAAUAUUUAGAAAAAUUAACAAAACCUCAUCCAGAUUUUCGUUUAUGGUUAACGACAGAACCGUGUGAUUCAUUUCCAAUCGGUAUUUUACAACGUUCACUGAAAGUAGUCACUGAACCGCCAAAUGGUUUAAAAUUAAAUUUACGCGCCACUUAUCAUAAGAUAGCACCAUCUUCUAUGAGUGAAUGUACGCAUACAGCAUUUCCUUCACUAGUUUAUACACUAGCAUUCUUUCAUGCUGUUGUACAAGAACGUAGAAAAUAUGGUAAAAUUGGUUGGAAUAUCGGAUAUGAUUUUAAUGAAUCUGAUUUUCGUGUUUGUAUGCAAAUAUUAGUCACAUAUUUACAAAAAGCUGUAGACGAAAAUGAUGUGAAAAUUCCAUGGAAUAGUUUAAAAUACUUAAUUGGUGAAGUAAUGUAUGGUGGACGAGCUAUAGAUGAAUUCGACAGACGUAUUCUACGUACUUAUAUGGAUGAAUAUUUUGGUGAUUUUAUAUUCGAUACAUUUCAACCGUUUUAUUUUUAUGCUAAUGACAAUUUCCAGUAUGCUAUACCGAGUGGAAAUACACGUGAUGAAUUUAGUCGUUAUAUCGAGUCACUUCCGUUAACAAAUACUCCUGAAGUGUUUGGUCUUCAUUCCAAUGCAGAAAUAGGAUAUUAUACAAAUGCAACUAAAGAGAUUUGGAGUCAUCUACUUGAAUUACAACCACAAACAAGUAGUCAAACAAAUUCAACGAAUAGAGAAGAAUUUCUUAGUCAGAUAACUGAUGGUUUACUGAGCAGCCUACCACAAGUAUUUGAUAGAGAAGCUUUAAAAAAGAAAUACGGUGUUAAUAUACAACCAAUUACAGUUGUACUAUUACAGGAAAUUGAAAGAUUUAACUUACUCAUUAAAAGAAUGGAUCAAUCUCUUAGAACAUUAAAACGAGCAUUGAAUGGGGAAGUUGGUAUGUCAGCUGAACUUGAUAAUUUGUCACGAUCUCUUUACAAUGGUCAAUUGCCAAGUAUAUGGCAGAGAUUAGCUCCAGCGACUAAAAAGUCUUUAGCCAAUUGGAUGAUUCAUUUUCAUGAUCGUCAUAAGCAAUAUACUACUUGGAUUGAAAAUGGAGAUCCAGGUGUUAUUUGGUUGUCGGGUUUGCAUAUCCCUGAAUCAUUUUUAAUGGCGUUAACACAAACAACAUGCCGUCGUAAUGGUUGGCCGUUAGAUAAAAGUGCACUGUUUACAACUGUAACACAAUAUACAGAUUCAUCUGAAGUUCAAGAACGUGCACAUCAAGGCUGUUUUGUUCAAGGACUUUAUUUAGAAGGAGCAAGUUGGGAUUUAACAAAAGGUUGUUUAAAACGUCAAAAAUCAAGACAAUUAGUUCAGCCUUUGCCUAUACUUCGUAUCAGUGCUAUUGAAGCGCAUCGUUUAAAAUUACAAAAUACAUUUUGUACCCCGGUGUAUGUAACUUCAGAUAGACGAAAUGCAAUGGGAGUUGGAUUAGUUUUUGAAGCUUAUCUUAAAACUGAAGUACACUCAAGUCAUUGGGUAUUGCAAGGUGUAUGUCUUACUUUAAAUACUGAUUAGUGAUGAACGUAUCUUUCUAGUGAUAUGUGAUUUUCAGUUGAACAUUCACUUUUUUAUUUUACUUUUUGCAAGUAUUUUCAACUUUUUUACAAAAAUAAUUUCUACUGGUAUUUGAAAUAUAACAUAGAAUUGAAAUGAUACUUACUUAUCUUUGUAUUACUUUCAG